AUGGACUACCACGUACACAUAAUCGUUGCUGUUUUCGUCGGUCUUCUCGCACACAACGCAAUUUUCAUCCGUGGCGAGUGGCACAUGCAUAUCCUACAAAUUCUUGUUGGCGUUUGUCUGGUGAACGUCAUCGCGCUGUACUCGUUAUACCGCGUCGUACGAGUACCAUCAUUUAGUGAGGCGCUCGGCGCCUUGUUCUACAUGGACAUAGCAUGCUUGACGGCCCUGUUCAGCAGCAUGACGGUCUAUCGUCUCUUCUUCCACAAGCUAUCUGGCUUCCCAGGUCCGAAGCUCGCAGCGGUCACCAAGCUAUGGCACGUCUGGAAGAUUCGCAAGUCGACAAACUAUCUGUUACUCCAGGAACUCAACGGGGAGUAUGGAGACAUAAUACGCACUGGCUCACCAGAUUUCACCCUCAAUACGGCAGGCCCAAAUGAACUUACCCUUGUUGGGCCUUCAGCUUUCAAUUUACUUGAUGGUUGGGGCAAUACUACGACGAGAGACGUCUGGUAUGAUUUGUUACGGCCGCGAUACUCUGCCGUAUUCUGUCGCGACAAGAAACUGCACAAGGAAGGGCGCAAGGCCUGGGUCAAUUCCAUGACCGGGCAAGCGAUGAAUGCAUUCUAUCCCCGAGUCGCAGCUCUUUCCCACUCGCUCUCGAGCUGUAUCAGGUCCCACGGCACUCGACCCGUGGAUGUCGACGAUGUCAUGUCCUGGUUCUCUUUCGACGUGAUGGGGGAUGUUUUGUUCGGCGAGGAUUUCAAUCUAUUACGUUCCCAAAUAAUGGACCCUGCCAUCAAGCACCGUGACGGUGCUCUGGCGCUUGUUGGGCCCAUCUCAGAUGCUAUUUGGAUUGCACAUCUGGCGUUCCUUCUUGUUCCUUUUUUAAAUCCGGUCCAGGACUGGCUUGGGAUGGUGAAGUUCUGCGAGGACCGACUCGCGGCCCGAAUCCAGAGAGGCGAGAACGAGAAGAAACCGGACAUGGCUCAAUAUUUUCUCGAUGAGCACCAAAGUCUCGACGGCACUAUGAGCUUGAGAGAUCGAGAUCUUUACCUUGCAGGUAACAUAAUCACCGCAGUGGUCGCAGGCAGUGAUACGACCAGAGCUGCUUUGAUAGCAACCUGUUGGUUCCUGGCGAAGUAUCCCGAACACGCGGAUGCGAUCAGAGCCGAGACUCGAGAUGUAGACGGUGACGAUUUCGCAACGCUCGCCAGUCUGCCUCACCUCAAUGGAUUCAUCAACGAAAGCCUCCGCCUGAUGCCGCCUGCCGGCAUGACGGGGACGGCCAGGAUCACCGGGCCGCAAGGGAUGCAAUUCGAGAACACUUACAUACCCCCAUUCACCAAAGUCACGGCGCCAAGGUAUGGCAUAAUGAGACUCGAGUCUGCGUUCCCACGCCCAGACGAGUUCAUACCUGAGCGAUGGUACUCGCAGCCCGAGCUCGUCCUCGACAGGCGAGCCUUCACGCCGUUCUCGGUUGGCCCCCGCCAGUGCACCGGCAAGACCCUGGCGUAUGCCGAGCUUCGCCACGUGGCGACUCUUCUGCUCCGGCACUAUGACAUUGAGUUUGCGGACGGUUACGACCCGGAGACCAUGUGGCGAGACUUGAAGGACCAAGUCACGGCCCAGCCGGGCAAGGUCUUGUGCGUAUUUAAGCCCCGUGAACAGUAG